AUGAUCCAAUAAUAAUAAAAUAACUAAUCAAAAUACUUCAGUCAUAAGCUUCUGUAUUCAAUAACUCAGAAAUAUCCUAAACAUUGUUUUGCAUAAGCGAUUAAUAAUAAUAAUACUCUGUUAGUUUUGGGAUCUAGUAUAGUUUGCAAAAUAAUUUAUUUAAAAAAUGAAUUAAAAUAAUUGCAAUAAACUAAAAUGCAUAAAGGUGCAAUAUCUACUCUAAAUUUCUUUAAAUCAAGAUAAUAAUUUAUUUCUGGUUCUUAUGAUUCAUCAAUUAUUAUUUAGCCCACAAACCUUUUAUAAAAUCUCAAAUAUAUUACAAAACUAUAAGGACAUAGUCGUGGUAUUUCAUGUUUAGUUGUGAAUCCUAAUACAGAAGAUCUUAUUAUAAGUGGAUCUGUUGAUAAGACAAUUAGAUUUUGGUAUUAUUCAUCAUCAUCUAAUUGGUCUUGUUCAUAAACUAUUAAUGAACAUAAUGAUUAAGUAAAUGGAUUAUCCAUAAAUCAAGAUGGUACAAAAUUAGUUUCUUGUGGUAGAGAUUAACAAAUUUUAUUAAUGGAAAGAUCUAAUGGAUAAUUGUGGUAUAUUAAACAAAAGAUUUUUGAAAAUGGUUAUCGUAUUACAUUUAUAACAACAAAUAUAUUUGCAUUUCAACCCUGUAAUGGUAAACAUUUACAAUUAUAUACAAUUGAUCAUUCCACUGGAUUAUAUGUAAAAUCAAAAGGAACCCUAAGUUAAAGGAGUUGGAUCAGAUUGUUAAUAUUAUUUUCCCUAAAUAUAUAUAUCCUCCAGAAAACUCCUACUUUCUAAAAAUGGAUAUUUUGUAAAUUUAUUAUAAUUUAAUUUUGAUUCUGAAAAUUGGGAUUGCGAAUUUAUAGAAGGUAUUGAGUUUGAUUAACGUGGAAAUUUUGGAAACAUUUUUGGGACAAUGAGUGACAAUGGAGAAUAUUUGAUAACUUGGGAUUGUAUGGCUGGUAAUAUAGAAAUAAGAUAAUUCACUUAUAAAAAUGAUAUGAAUGAUCAUUAAAUUAUUAAUUGA